GUGGGAAAGACUGGUAGCAGAAUUAGAGUAAAGAAGGCUCUAUUCAAUAAAUUUUGCAUAUGAGCAGUUCAUGGCCCGAUAGUACUCCGUGCUAUGGAAGAUGUUCGGUGCCGCAACGCCGGAAGUGGGCCACAGGGCUACCGCAACAUACCAAUGCCAGGGACCGUGACCAGCGUAUGCCACAAACCUCUCACUGCUCAAUGGGUCAAUGCUCUUGAAUUUUCGCACAUCUCGGCCAUCUUCAUGGAAAAUAUGGAGAAGAAGCUUUCGGCCAUCGGCCAACGCGGGACCACCGGAAACGGCAUACUUGAUGUCACCAUUCCAGAGGGACCAGAGGAGCCAAUUGGCUGUGAACGGGAACUCUCUUGGUCAUUCUGAGCUCAUGGGUGUUUAGUAUAAGAUAAUGAUGGGCAUCCCAUGGCACUACAUGGCAAUGGAAACGCAAUGACAACGAGUCAUCCUCGCAAGCGCACGGUUGGUGGCGGAGAGAUAGAUAUCGAAGCGUUCCAGCGAUCCUCUUCGAUCGCAACCCUUUCCUCCACAUACCCCCUGCGGCUCAUCUCACACCCAGUCCGGACAAGCAGUCGCGCCGCCAUUAUUUUCAUGUCCUCCUAUGGAGGAGGACUUGUGGCUGGGGAUCAUGUUGACAUGCAUGUUAAGGUCCGACCCAAAGCACGAUUAGCACUUCUGACGCAGGGAAGUACGAAAAUCUACAAAACACCAUCGAAAGAUAUCUGCACGGAGCAGAAUCUCACCGCCACGAUAGAUGAGGGAGCAGCGAUGCUAUUGCUGCCCGACCCCAUACAGCCAUACAAGGGGAGUUCGUAUAAGCAAGGCCAAGCGUUUCAUGUACAGCCGCAGCACUCCAGCGUGGCAUUUUUAGACUGGCUGUCAGCAGGCAGGGCGGCACGCGGAGAAGCAUGGGAGUUUUUCCAGUGGAGAGGGUGCAAUGAAGUGUGGACUCUCCCUGCCAACGCAGGCCACGCAGCCCCGAAAAGGCUCUUGCUGCGGGACAACGUCAUCCUAGAUGGCAUGUCUCCAUUUGAACACAGCUAUCGUGAUGAAAUGGAUGAUUUGGGAUUAUUUGGCACCCUGAUCCUCCAGGGGCCGGUUUUUCAUCCGUUGGCACAAUUCUUUUUGAAGGAAUUCACCAGUCUACCGCGAAUCCGAGGGGUAUCCAGCACAACAACAUCGUCGACCAUGAAAGCAAAAACGACAACACCAACAGCAUCACCAAGGCUGACUUGGACCGCAGCGUCAAUACGGGGAUGUGUCAUCGUUAAGUUUGGGGCCAAAGAUGUUGACGAGGCCAAGCAAUGGAGUAGUAAUCUGUAUAUAGACAUAGAGCAUGAUAAUAAAUGAGCGGUGUUUUGCCUUCUCGGCGGUGACCUGAAACAUGUUCCUUGCAGAACUUCGAGAUCGACGCAACUGCAGUCAUCAUUGGACCACGUUGGCUGGCGGUGGGAAGUUUUAAAAAAAGAUCCGUCUAGCGGAGAGAAAAAGGAAAAACACGAAGGAAAAAGAAACAAAAAUUAGACGAAGAGGUUGAGUAUACGGUAUGGAGUAGUAG